CGCCGGGGGCGGAGCUUGCGUUGCCUGCCGCAGUAGCAGCAGCAGCAGCAGCUUCAGUCUCAGUGUCGGCGAUGGCGACUUAGCUCCGCUUCCCAGGCUGCCCCGCGGCCUCAUUUGAGCCCCCAUCUUGAGUGAGGGGAGUGAGCAGUUUGAAUUUGAGCUCCUUCGGCGUCGACGCCUCAGAGCGGAGCGCGAAAGGGAAGGAAGGGAGCGGAGGAGAAAGAGCCAGCCUGGGAGGCCCCUCUCUCUCUCUCUCUCUCUCGCUUUCCCUCCCUCCGCGCCCCCCGCCGCCGCCGCCGCUUCCCUGCUGCUGAGAAGAUGCGCCUGGUGCUGAUCUCCAGGUAGAGGAGGGGAGCCCUGGGCAGGGCGGCCUCCGCCUCAGCGGGACUCUACGGAGGCCUUGUGGGCCCAGCAGCCCCCUCAGGGACCAAGGGGUCCCGCCGGAAGCAGCGCCAUCCGGGCCUCGCUGACUCAGAACGUGGAAGAAGGGGGAAAAGAAGAGAGAAGGAGGAGGAGGUGGCGCUGCCUCUGCCGCCGCCAAGAGGCCCUUAUUCCAGGGGAGGAGGAGGAGCCCGGCCGCCGCCCCCUUCCUUCCUUCCUUCCUUCCUUCCUUCGUUCUCCCUCUCUCUGUUUUCCCUCGGAGUGAGCGUCGUUGAGGACGGAGGAAUGCGCAAAGCCGCCAUAGAGAGACAGUGAGCCUCCAUUUCCUUCCAUCGCUGGCGUGGCUGGACUUUUCCCUCUCUGUUUUUUCCUCUGACUCGCCUGGUCUCCCCUCCGACCCUCGGGGGCCCAGGGGCAGGGGCUGGUGGGCGGAACCCCUUCCUCCUCACCCUCCUCCUCCUCCUCCUCCUCCUUUUUGUGUGUGUCUUCCUUCCCCGCCAAGAUGUCCAAGAUGCCGGCCAAGAAGAAGAGCUGCUUCCAGAUCACCAGCGUAACGACGGCCCAGGUGGCCAGCAGCAGCAGCAUCACGGAGGACACGGAGAGCCUCGACGACCCGGACGAGUCCCGCACCGAGGACGUCUCCUCCGAGAUCUUUGACGUCUCCCGCGCCACUGACUACGGCGGCCACGAGGAGGACCCCUCCUGCGAGCGCAGCUCCUCUGAGGAGACCCUCAACAACGUUGCCGCCGCCGGGGGGGACGCCGUGGAGACGCCGGGGACCGUCUCGCCCAACUUGGUGCUCGACGGGCAAGUGGCCGCUGCCACAGCUGCCGGAGGGAUACAACAACCACCGCCACCAGUGGUGUUUUCCCCAGCCACCAACGGAGGAGCUGUGCCCAGGAGCAGCAUGGUGGCCCCAGCUCCUGGUGGUAGUAGCAGUGGUAGUAGCGGUCCCGGGGCAGUGCCUCCCACAGCGUCUUCUGCUGCCACCUCUGCCGCCUGCAGUUCCCGCUUCCGGGUGAUCAAGUUGGACCACGGUUCUGGCGAGCCCUACAGAAGGGGCCGAUGGACGUGUAUGGAGUACUACGACCGGGACUCAGACAGUGGGGCCGUUUUGGCCCGGACUGGGGAUUGCAUUAGGCACAACAACAAUACUUUUGAGCAGGCCGUCCAAGACCGGGACAGCGGCCUCGGUGCGACUGGCGGCGGAGGCUCCUUGAUGGCCUCAGGCCAGGACUCCCUGGCCUCUGACAGCUCCCUGGCUGCUGUGUCACCACUCCUCCAGCCUGAGAAAAUGAGCCAGCAGCCCCCAGCGGCAGCACAGCCAGCCACUGCUUUUGUGAUUGGGCAGCAGCAGCAGCAGCCCAUAGGUGGGGCUGUGCCUCCUCAUAGUAGUAGUAGUAGUGCUCAGCCUGUGGCCUACUCAGGGGUUCAGCCCAUAAUGGGGCCUUCUCUGCUGCAGGCACAGCCGCAGGUAAAUACACAGGGGCAGGCUGGGCCCAAUGGGAAGGGCAUGCCGCCUUCGAAUGUAGCAAUUGCCCAGGGUAGUUUGCCCAUGCAGCAGGUACAGCAAGCUAAUGUACCAAUGGCUCAGACUCAGCAGUUUGCUUAUCCCCAGCCGCAGAUCCCGCCGGUGCAUCUGGUACCAGCGGCACAGACUCCUGGCCAGCCGGAAUACAUGCAACAUAUGGCAGUAAUGCCCUCUCAAGGAGCCACUCAGCAGGCCAUUCCAGGCACUGUCACCAGCACGGGAGCUUCUUCCAGUCUUCCAGCGACACAAGUAGCUGGUCAGAAUCCUCCAACCAUAGCACCGGUGAUGGGAGCUGCUUCACAGGCAGGUGAAACAGUAGGGCAGGGAUCUGGGCUAAUGCAGAGUGGCUUGACAACUCCAAUUCAGACUGUCAUUGCUCAGCCAGGAGGUGUGGUGCAGCAAGGCAUGGGACACGCAGGGAUUGUGCAACAGAAAUCCAUGACUCAGCAGCAAAUGGGUGGAAGCAGUCAAGUGGCUGGUGCACCUCACACUGUAGUCUCUGGAGUUCAGAAUGUGCCUGCAGCUGUGCCUGGUACUAGUGUGCCUAGUGUGUCUACGACUUCUGUUACUAUGCCAAAUGCCCCUGUUACUUUAGUCCAGUCCCAGCUGACCAGCCAUACAUCUGUCAGUAGGAGCUCCAGUGUUGUUCAGCAGCACAUUGGCCUUCCGCUAAUGCAAGGCGCAACUAAUGUACCUACAAACCUGCCACAAUCUAACAUUGGACAAUUUCAGACUCAACCUUUAGGCCAGAUUGAUGAUUCUAGAAGAAAAUCUGAACCCCUACCUCAACCACCACUUUCUCUCGUUACUGAAAAUAAACUUGUGAAGCCACCUAUUCCGGACGCUUUAACAAACCCUCUUAAUUUACCAGCAACUACUCCUAUGAACAGUCUUGCCAGCUCUGUCUUUGGCAUAUCUAUCCCUGUUGAUGGUGAUGAAGACAGGAAUCCUUCAACUACUUUCUAUCAAGUGUUCCAUUCGAACAAGUUACAGGAAUCAAAGAACCUCUGGGAUAGUGCAUCUGGUGCGAGUGUUGUAGCCAUUGACAACAAAAUAGAACAGGCAAUGGAUCUGGUGAAAAGCCAUUUGAUGUAUGCAGUCAGAGAAGAAGUGGAAGUACUGAAGGAACAAAUAAAAGAAUUAGUUGAAAGAAACUCUUUACUUGAACGGGAAAAUGCACUGUUAAAAUCUCUCUCAAACAAUGAUCAGUUAUCCCAGCUCUCAACCCAACAGGCCAACCCUAGUAGCACUUCUCAACAACAGCAAACAGCGAUAGCACAGCCUCAGCAGCCAACGCAACCUCCGCAGCAGCCGAAUGUCUCCUCAGCAUAAAGCUUUCUUGCCUCAUUAAGAAACUGAAAGCAAUCUGUCCUUGUGUGCCACUGGUGUUUUUUCCACUUUAUAUGAAAGCAAGUAGCCAUGCUUCAGUUGUGUAUUUCGGCCUUUUCAGUAUUAGACAAUCAUUCUACAAAGAACUUUCCCUAACUGAGAUGUCAUACUUUAUAGUUGAUAUCCAGUAAUGCCAUCUGUGCACAAGGGGAGCUGAUAGGAGUUACAAUGCAAAAGUCUGCAUUUAUUUGGUGCACAUGAGUGGGGUCUUUAAGAGCUUUGGUAGGGCUCUGCAAAGUUUCCAUUACUCAUGGAUUACUUUGAGCCUUGCUUUUCACAUAGUAACAAUUCAUCUUUAGAGCCACUGUUCUUUCAAUUACAAGUAACUUUUGCCUACAUUAGUUUCAUUUGUUUGUGUUUUAUUUAUUACAGGGCUGCUAUUCAUAAUGUACAUGAACAAUGUCACAGAACUUUUAAUUUUUUAAAAAAAUUAAUGUAAGUAUCAGUAAAAAUUGAUAGGAUUGAGUUUAAUAGAUAAAAUGUUUAGGCAAUAAUUGAACAAAAGGAUCCUGGCAUAUUUCUAACACUAAUGGCAAUUUACCUUUUGGUAUUUAUUUUCAGUAGUUAAGACCCAGCUUGAAUGUAAAUUUUUGUAUAGUGUAAGUAUGAAGACAUAGUGCAUCUGUACAGGUAGUCUCCAGUCAUUGUGAUAUAAUAAUUGAUGGGCUAUUUUGAUGAAGAAAACUUUGCUCAUUUCUGUUUCUACUUUCUAAUAGAGAAAUUGCCAUGAUUCCUCUGCUUUUUGACAUUUCGUAUGAUUUUUUUGGGGGGUGGGAAUAAAAAGCUGUGAAAUUGUUCAACCUACUUUGUAACCAAAGAAGCAAAGCUGUGUAAUUGAGUUUUUAUUUUAUAAUGCACAUUCUUUAUGUAUUUUUAUUUAGUGUUCUCAUUCACAUUUUUCUUUGCUGUCUAGCAUGAUCUGCAUGACCUAUAAUCUUUGAACCACUUUCGUACCUCAUGUUUUAUCCAGCACUCUUAUUGUGAUAUGUAAUAGUCUGUGAACAAUGUCAAAUAAAAAAAGAAAGAACAGCUAGUGUUGGUGGAGCUGAGCUGGUGUAUCACACACUAGUUUAAAAAUGAAGUGAGCCAUCUUUUGUUCAUUUAAAAAUGGUGUUUUGAAUUUCGUAUGCAGAAAACGUUUUGUUACAUUGCAGAUUUUAAUGUAUUUAAUAAAUGCAACAUGCAGAUUAA